AUGGUCAAAGGUCAAGGGUCAAACUGGACAUUGGAAUAUACUGUCUGCUCCAUAUCUUGAGAACCCUUUGCUUGACAGACAUGAAACUUGGUACACUGGUACAUCUUCAAAAGAAGAUGACACCUAUUGAUUUUGAGGUCGCAUGGUCAAAGGUCAAGGGUUAAACUGUACAUAGGAAUAUACUGUCCGCUCAAUAUCUUAAGAACCCUUUGCUUGACAGACAUCAAACGUGGUACACUGGUACAUCUUCAGGAGAAGAUGACUACUAAUUAUUUUAAGGUCACAUGGUCAAAAGUCAAGGGUCAAAUUGGACAUAGGAAUAUACUGUCCGUUCAAUAUCUUGAGAACCCUUUGCUUGACAGACAUCAAACUUGGUACACUGGUACAUCUUCAGGAGUUGAUGACCCCUAUUGAGUUUUAGGUCACAUGGUCAAUCCACUCUUGACAUAGGAAGAUAUUGUCUGCUCAAUAUUUUGAAUUGAUGAUACUACUCUCAAUUAAAUGAUGUGUGUGUGUAUAACCCUUUUCAAUUUUGCACCAUGGGGGACAUAUGUGUUUUACAAACAUCUCUUGUUUAAUAUAUAGAUUAAAAGAAAAAUUCUUAUUGUUAUAAUGACAAAUUGUUUUUAAAUCAGUUAUAACUAGACUCGCUGUUAUAAUGAUAGUUUGUUUUUAAAACUUAUAGUUGAUAUAAUUAGACUCACGACAGGUGUGACCGAUCAACAGGGGAUGCUUACUCCUCUUGUGCACCUGAUCCCACCUCUGGUGUGUCCAGGGGUCCGUGUCUGCCCUGCUUUUAAUUUUGUAUUCUUUAUAGGAAUUGUGAGAAUGAUCACUGUUGGUUAUCUUCACUUGGUCAUGUAUAUAUAUAACUUGUCUAUAUCCUUAUUUGAUGUUAAACUGAAUAUCUUUUAUUUCAUUACCCAAGAUCUGAAUGAAUGUAUUUAGUAAAUUUUAUGAUUUAGGUCCAGCCAAUGAAUUGUUAUGUAAGAUUAUGUAACAUGUAAUUUGAUGUCAUUUGUUAGUUUUAUGAUAAAUGAUAAAUUCACACUUAUUCUCUCUCACAUGUAAUUAUGUAAUGCACAGCAAAAACAAGCUACAAAAUACUAGAAUUGGGUGGGGUUUUUUGGGGGUUUAAUUUUUGCAUUCUUUUGGCAAAAUUGUGAAUAUAAAUAUAUUUUGGAUGCAUGCAGGACUAUUGUUGCAAACAAAUGAAAAUUGAUAAAGAAUAUAAUGUACUGUGAUAAUUUAACUCGGAUUUUUUUUAUGUGUGUUUUAAUUAUCGAUCUGGUGACAGACUGAUCGAAUGUUUAUUAUCCACAAACUCUCAGUAGCACACUACCGUAGUAAAUAGUGUCACACUCAAUAAUUCUGCCUUGAUAAAGUGAAAUGAACUGUGUUGUUAAUAUUUUACUUGAUGCACCAAUACAUCUCUUUGAUAAACAUUUUUGUACUGCAUCAUUCAAUAAAUGGAAAAUUUAAAGGUAUUUAAAUACUUUAAAGAUCAGAAAUAUUAUGACUCCAAUUUUUCCUUGGCAACAAAAUAUUGAUUUUAAAGGCCCUAAAAACAUCUUUGAAUAACAUGGAACAUUGCCAAUAUAUAUAACCUGUUUAGAGAUUUGUUGGAGGUAAUUUGAGGCUUUGGGUUUGGAAUUUAAAAAAUAUAUGCAUGACAGUCUUCUAUAUGGAAAAUAAAACAAAUAACAUCAUUACUGGCAGGGUUUUAAAUAGGUGAAGGUUAGUCCAGUCAGCCCUUCAAGCAAUGUUUUUGAGCAAAUGCAAGUAGCAUACAUACUGUAAAUAUAUUGAGAAAUCAGUGAAGCCUUAAUAUUUACCCGCGCUGUCGUCAAGUGACAGUUAUUUAUUCUGAGUGCAUGGGUACAUUGAACUUCACCGGCUUCAAAGAUCCGCUGUCUGUAAACAGAAGCAGAAGACAGAUCUGGUCAGGUGUUUGACUCCGGAAUGCCACGACGUUUUGGGUACCGGAGCAGGGUUGGGUACCGGCGUAACCCGUACAGGAGGUACCAGCCCCGGACAUACCGCCCCUACACCUCAGGGAGCUACUCCUACAACAGGUAUGGACUCGGACGUCGUCGACCCUAUCCAUGGAUGAGGGACCUGGAAGAAAUGGCUGCAGCUUCCAGAAGAAGGAGGGAGAGGAUAGCUAGAGAAAGGGAAGAGAGCGAAGAAAGAAGACGAAGAUCUACUGAAGAAGACAAUGAGAGAGAGAGAAGGGAAAGGGAAAGAGAAAACAGAAGGAGAGAAGAAGAAAGACUGGAAAAAGAGAGAAAAGAAGCAGAGGAGUUACUGGAGCGAAUGAGGGAAGAGGAGCGGCGGGAAAAAGAAGAGCGCGAGAAAUUGGAGAGGGAAAGAGCUAAAAAGAGACCCCUGAGCAUCAAAGACAUCGACCUGAACAUCGUAAAGAACAGCGAGGCUCAUCACACAAAUAAGUACGAGAUUACUCAGUUUCUAGGAGACAACAGUGAACUCGUGGUUCGUAGGGGUCAGGAGUUCAACAUCACUCUGAUACUGGACCAGGAAUAUGACAAAGCAAGACAUGAUCUGGCUCUAAACUUCAAAACAGGAUUAAAUAGUUCUAUUACCAAUGGAACUGAUGUAUCUAUAACUGUGGAUGAAAGUGGCCGGAAACCGUCUGACCCUAAUGACUGGCAUGUUCGACUGAUCAGUCAGGACAAAACCAAUGUCACUGUAGGGGUGUUCAGCCCCAGUAAUUGUAUCAUUGGAGAAUGGUACCUGUACGUCACAGCAGAAAACAAAACGAGAGAUGGGGAUGUUCAUGAGGAGCAGUUCGAAUGUUCUACAGACAUCAACAUUCUGCUCAACCCUUGGUGCAAAGAGGACCGAGUCUACAUGAAAGACACAGACAAGUUAGAUGAAUACUGCCUCAAUGAUCAUGGUGUCGUGUUCCAGGGAAGCAGUGAUAAGAUUGGGGCAAAAAUCUGGAAUUUUGCUCAGUUUGAGGUGGGAGUUUUAGAAGCAUGCUUUGGUUUGCUUAGAAAAUCACAUGGUUACAGGGUAGGGUCACACAUGUCGGACCCCGUCAGCAUUGCCAGAUCAGUGUCCGCGAUUAUUAAUGUUAACGAGGAUGAUGGAGUCCUCGUUGGGAAUUGGUCUGGUAAUUAUGAAGAUGGAAUCAGACCCACAGCGUGGAUGAACAGUGCAGACAUUCUUCUAAAGUACUCCAGAUCAGGGGGCCAGGCGGUAAAAUACGCACAGUGCUGGGUUUUCUCCGCUGUAGUAACCACAGUGUGUCGAGCCCUCGGACUGCCCUGUAAAAGCGUGACCUGUUUUGAUUCGGCCCACGACACAGACACAAGCACAACCAUCGACCAGAUCUUCACUAAAGAUGAAGAUGACAAUCUUAUCAUUGACAGACGUAAAACAAAAGAUUCUAUCUGGAACUUCCACGUCUGGAAUGAAGUGUGGAUGAAACGCCCAGACCUGAAGGAUGAGUACAAUGGGUGGCAGGUCAUCGAUGCCACACCCCAGGAAUUAAGUGACGGAAUCCAUUGUUGUGGACCAGCGCCUGUUGCCGCCAUCAAAACUGGAAACUGUACAAUGGUGUACGAUGUUCCAUUUGUUUUUGCUGAAGUAAAUUCGGAUGUCGUCCGAUGGGAGUAUGUAAACAAACACACAUGGAAACAAAUGGGCAGAGACUCAAAAAGAACAGGAUCCAGGAUUUAUUCCAAGUAUCCGGAUGGGAAACCAUACACAGACAGUUUGACUAUUUCUUGGAGAAUGUUGGAUGAUAAUCCGCAUGAUGUGACGUCAGACUAUAAAUUCCCUGAGGGGUCAAGAGAAGAGAGAUUGGCCGUUGCUAAUGCAGCUCAGGCUUCUAGAACACGCAGAGGAACACCAAAGCAAGAGGAUGUGACAAUAGAAAUGGCAGCGCAGGAUGGAGUAAUGGUAGGGGAAGACUUCUCCUUGAAUUUUAAAGUUAAAAACUCCAGUAGUGGCAAGCGAGAGAUUUCUAAGCUGCACGUCGAUCUCUACUCCAAAUUCUACAACGGCGAGAUCAAAUCCAAAAUCAGCUUUACUCCUCUCUCUGGCUUCACACUGAACGGAAAACAAGAUAAAGAUCUAAGUGUGAGUGUACCGACAAAGCAGUACCUGGACAAAUUAGCAGAACAAGCCAAUAUGGAGGUCAUUAUCUCAGCGCAGGUGACCUGGGAAAACAAUAGACACAGCAAUGUAGUGAAAGUUGACAACUUCCGUUUACGAAGACCAGACAUUGAAAUCAAAAUGUCCAGUGCAUGUAAGAAAGGAGAAGAGUUAACGGUUAACCUCAGCUUUAAGAACUACCUACCCAAACCUAUGACAAAGUGUGUUCUAUACUUGAAUGGACCAGGAUUUGAAAAAGUGAAGGAAAAUCCUCAGAAAGAUGUUCCGCCCCGAUCUGAAUGGAAGCUGUCUGUGAAGGUCAAGGCCAAGAGAAAGGGUUUAGAGCAGUUGUCUGCUACAUUUGACAGUCAGGAAGUUCCCGACAUUACUGGGAAAGCUGAAGUGCAGAUCACAAAAAAUAUGUACACUAGACUUUACCGUAGUGGAAAUCACCCGGCUCUACAACCCUCGACAGACAGCGGCGAGGAAGCAUCGCAACCGCGGACUAUCGCCACGUAUGGGCCACCCCGACGGAAGGAAGCGCCAUGGGUACGAGAUGAGAAACUUGCAAAACCUCUAGAUGCAACUAAAGCAGAUGAUGAAGUUGUUGGGGAUAAAGAAGAAAUUGCUUCACGGGAUGAGCUGUCGAAAACUUUAUAUGUUGAAUCAGUGGAUGUCAACAUUCCCGAGAACACCAAGAACCAUAGAACAGACCAAUACGCGUGCAUCAAAACCCGCAAGACCAAAGACGGAACAGAACUCCCGCCUGAGCUUGUUGUUAGACGUGGUCAAGCUUUUACAAUCAAGAUCAACUUCAACCAGACCUUCUCCCGAGAAAAGCACCACACGCACCUUAUCAUGGCGACAGGCAAAGAUCCCCGGCCCUCCGACUGUACAUUAGUGCAAUUGGAGCCACUGAAGACCACUAAGCAUGCGCAUGGCUGGAAGUGCGCAAUCCAAACGAUGCAGGGAUCAUGUGCCGUGGUGGAUAUCACGCCCUCCAGUUCUUGCGCAAUUGGUGAAUGGACACUUUGCGUCAUGACGUCACCGGUCGAUAAAACAGUUGAAAAGAUGUAUUGUUUUGAGUUCCCGGAUGAUAUCAACAUCUUGCUGAAUCCAUGGUGCAAAAAUGAUGCUGUUUACCUUGACGAUGACAAGCUUUUGAAAGAAUAUGCUCUAAAUGAUAAAGGUGUUUUGUUUUAUGGGACCUAUCGACAGAUUGGCUGUCGCACGUGGAAUUUUGGACAGUUUGAGGAUUUUGUAUUAGAACGUUCUUUUCACCUUCUGCGGAAAGCCAAUGGAAAUUGUGUGAAUGCAGCAGCGAUGUCUGACCCCGUUAGAAUCUCACGCGCCAUCAGUGGUAUUUUAAACUGCCAAGAUGAUGAGGGCGUCCUGUACGGCAACUGGAGUGGGAACUAUAAAGAUGGUAAAAAACCCACUCACUGGACCGGAAGUCCAAAAAUACUGCAGCAGUACAUCAAAAAUCAAGGAGGUCCUGUUUGUUUUGGUCAAUGUUGGGUGUUUUCUGGACUUGUGACCACAGUUUGUAGAGCACUUGGAUUGCCCUGCAGAAGCGUGACAAAUUUCAAAUCAGCUCACGACACAGAUCAAAGUCUCACAAUAGAUACAGUUAUGUGUGAAGAAAAGGACGGUAAUUUCACCAAGAUUGAUGAGCUCUCGAACGAUUCGGUAUGGAAUUUCCACGUUUGGAAUGAAGUAUGGAUGACUAGAAGAGAUUUGGGGAAAGGUUAUGACGGAUGGCAAGUAAUAGACGCCACACCACAAGAACUGAGCGGAGGUGUGUAUUGUUGUGGCCCGGCACCAGUUGCAGCCAUUAAAAAGGGAGACUGUUCUGUUAACUAUGACACAGGAUUCGUUUUUGCGGAAGUUAACGCCGACAGAGUAACGUGGAAUCGCCUGACGGCGAACAAGUGGCAAAUGUUGUAUUCUGACAAGAAUGACGUUGGACAGCGCAUCAGCACUAAGAUUCCUGACGGAGAACCAUUCAACUCGGUGCUUGGCGUCGGUUGUGAAAAAGUCCGAGAAGACGUGACUGAUCUCUAUAAAUGUGGAGAGGGGACAUUGGAAGAAAGACUAGCAGUUAUGCAUGCCAACAGGGCUUCGAAAGUAGACCGGAAGUUACUGAAUCCAAAGAACAAGGAUCUCCGUUUGAAUCUAGUGGAUGAAGACGGCAUCAUGGUGGGAGAGAGUUUUUCAGUCAAGUUGAAUGUGACGAAAUUGUGUGAAGAGAAGCGAACGAUCGCUAAAUUAACUGUAGAUGUUUACAUGAAGCGUUACAAUGGCAAAAUUGAAGCUAAAGUCACCAGCCACAUUUUGAAAGACAUUGAACUUGCUGGAAAGAGUGGCGAAGAGAAAUUUAUCUACCAUGAGGUGAAAGGAGAGACAUAUAUCCCUCAUCUUAUUGAGCAGUGCGCGAUGGAAGUUCGCAUCACUGCUUUGGUGAAAGAAACCGGAGCCAUCUAUAUAAAAACCGACGACUUCCGUCUCCGAAGACCAGAUUUAACUUUUGAGGUUCCGAAGGAAGUAAAGAAAGGAGUUCCUUUUGAUUUGACUGUGUCUUUCAAGAACUCUCUUCCGCAUCCGCUGACGAAUUGCACUCUGGAUCUAGACGGAGUGGUUGAAGAUGAAGAGAUGAAAAUACCGGACGUUCCUGGCAGUUCUAUGUGGAAACACGUGGUUAAGGUAACGAUCAACAGAAGCGGAAGACAUCAGAUCAGCGGAAGUUUUGACAGUAACGAACUGGAGGAUGUCUCGGGGUACAUCAACUUCACUCUGCAGGAGUAACCACAUUGAUAAUUCCAAAUAAGUUAAAUCAGAAUACAGUCAUUUCUCAUGAGUAUCGAGUCGGCUUACGACAUAGCGACGUCAUAGGAAUGGAGGGUGGAUAGAACGAAUUCGCCGUAAUAACUUAUCAUAGACACACCCUUAUACAUCAGUAUUCUGAUUUAGAUAUUGUGGUAUGACAUACUGGUGCCAUGAAUCUAUGUUUUAGACUUUUCGUAGUUUCCAUAUUAGCAGAAUUGGGCAUUAUACAUGUAUUAAUUUUCUCAAGUUGCGAAAUUACAUGUAACAUUCAUUGUGUUGUUUGAGAAGUGUAUUUAGUAAUAAAAAAAAACCUUAAUUAUCUGAGAACUAUCAGAUGAUAUGUUUUUGUAUUUUGAAAUAGUGGUUUAAAAAAACCCAGAAUGCGCUGUCAUUUUAAAAUUUGGCAGAAGAAAUUCGAACGUGCAUGUCUCAUUCAUAUAAAGACAAAAAACUUGUGUAUGGUUCAUAGUUUUUUCAUGAAAUUUGGUAUGAAUAUUUGAUUACGUUACGUAUAGCUAAAAUUUCCUCAAUGUUUGUAUGCUUUCUCCUGGUGUUAGAAAUAUAUUAUUGUAGUGUACUGCUGCCUUGUUCAGUUUAGUUAACUAUUAAAGCAAUCAUUUUCC